UUCAAGUUGAAGCAACUUCAUGCACUUCAAUAGCCAUCGAUCUAUUAUGAGGUUAUGUUAUGCAACCGCAUGAAACGUCAAUUCAAUUUGACGUUUUGCAUAAAAAAAGAAAGUUGUGAGUAAUAAUUUCACAAUGUCAACCCAUGUCGAAGAUGAGCUAAGCCGAAGAUGGGACCGAUGCAUGAAAGAUGGCUUAAUUAAAUUUGGUGGUGGUAUAGCUAUUGGCACAGUGUUCUCUGUAUUAUUUUUCAAAAGGAAAAAGUGGCCAAUAAUUCUGGGAGGAGGUUUUGGAAUUGGAUUAGCUUAUUCAAAUUGUGAACGAGAUGUAAAUGCAUUAUUUACGCCGGGAACAAAAGGACCCUGUGAAGUCAAGUCGUGAAAUCUAUAUUCACAUCGUAGUAAUAGUUCGUGUCGAGUCAUUAGAAGCAUUUUAUUUUACCCGGCUACCAGUGCGUACAAUUCCUUUAUGUGCAACAAUCAAAUAGUCUAGUUAUAAU